CCUGCUCGCUCCGCUUCCAUUGUGUGAGAGAUAGUAAAUAUCUGACACUGCCAGACAACCACAACACUUGUAUCCUCCGCGGAGAAAAAGCCUCAAAUUCACCCUCGGUGAUUCUCUGUCGUCAUGGCUCGUACCAAGCAGACUGCUCGUAAGUCCACCGGAGGAAAGGCUCCUCGUAAGCAGCUGGCCACCAAGGCUGCCCGUAAGAGCGCCCCGUCCACCGGCGGCGUCAAGAAGCCCCAUCGCUACAGGCCCGGUACCGUGGCUUUGAGAGAGAUCCGUCGGUACCAGAAGUCCACUGAGCUGCUGAUCCGUAAGCUGCCCUUUCAGCGCCUGGUGAGAGAGAUCGCUCAGGACUUCAAGACUGAUCUGCGUUUCCAGAGCGCCGCCAUCGGAGCCCUGCAGGAGGCCAGCGAGGCGUACCUGGUGGGUCUGUUCGAGGACACUAACCUGUGUGCCAUCCAUGCCAAGCGUGUCACCAUCAUGCCCAAAGACAUCCAGCUGGCACGCCGCAUCCGUGGAGAGCGCGCCUAGACGGCCUCUCUGAUGUUUCACCUGUGUCCAGUUUUUCUUUACCCGUCCCUGCCCUGGCUCCUGUGUCUUACCCCAGCUGCCCACCUCCUCCCAUCCCUGUUGCCCUCCGCCCCCAGCCUGUCCACCUUCUCAGUAGACUUUAGAGUAAUCCUGAUUAUGAAGAGAUAGAAAUAUGUUGAAGUCUGGUCUCUCAUAGAUUUUUUGUCUUCACCAAAUGUUUUUAGGGUACCUUUUUCGUGCAUGUAAAAGGUUUCGCAGAUCAGACGCGCAUGUACACACAUACUCAAACGUGCAUCGCUGGUUUGGGUGGUGCUUCACAACAUGAAGGUCAGUGGGUGCAGUUUGUGUGGCAAACAGAGUCAAAGCAGAGGGACACGGCCAAGGGACUAGUCUGCUUAAGGGGAGCUGCAACUUCCACAGCAGGGUGCUAUUAAAACUAGUCCCGAGGCCCGGGCACCCUCUGGACACCCUCCUCCUCUCCCACCCAGUCCGUCCCUCUGCACCCAAACUCCCCUGUUGCUCUGCAGCUGCAGCCCGAUGGCUCGCCUUACCUUUCCAGUCCGCCUCCUUCACCUGUGUGAUCUGCUCUGGGAGGGGAUGGACUGCUGGUCUGUUUGUGUGGACCUGUGAGCUCCGAUCUGCCAAACCAGUUGUACUCAACAAACAAGAAUCUCUUGGUUGCUUAAAAAUAUUGAUUAUUGUUGUGGAUAUGGUGUCUAUUUUUUUUACACAUAUAAUUCAUGGAGGAGCAUCUCUUCCUUUACCACUUCCAAAAUUAUCAAAAAAGAAAAAAAGCAAUUGAUAUUGUCGACAUGAUUAUCAGUUUUUUCUUUUUACAGUGAUGUGAUUUGUUAAAUCAGGAAGGGCUUCUCUGUUUUCCAAGGAAACACCAUUCUAAUGGCAGCCACGCAGCGCGGUGCUUCACCGUCUCCUCUAUUCAGUUGUUCGCUGUAGAUCAGUCCUCACACUUUACGCUUCUGUCUCUGUGGCCACAGACCGCCGGUAGACUCGUCACAACAGUAUGAAUUGACAUCCUAGUGGAAGUUACUCUGCAUGUUUAGGGUCUGUGUGUCUCCUGCAGUCUCUGUAGAUCUGAGCAUUAAAUCUGUCCCUUUCUCAAAAUUUGUGAUACACAAUAUAACCUCAUAUUUGUUUUCUUUUAUAUUUUUCUUAUUCCUCGAGAUUUUCAGACAUAUAAAUAAGCUGAUCUUUGUAUUUUCCAAAUUUCUCAUAUUAUGGUGGUAAUAAAUAGGUGUUAAAACAAA